AUGGGGAUUUCCAAAAGGUCCAGAGGCGUACUUCCUUCACUUAAGGGGGUUGUUGCUGCAAAGGCUUGUCUUUUUCCCUGGGUUUCAUCACCAGAGCAUGCUGAGGCCCUCUCUCUUAGGGAGGCGUUACAAUUUUCUGGUGAUAUGAGCUUUAAUCACUUGCAGAUGGAGUGUGAUGCAUUGGAGCUGGUCCAAUCGCUGGGCCGUACAACGGCGGAUACUUCCUCAAUUGGUUCUUUGGUGGAGGACUGCAAAGCGAUCCUUGCGCUUUUGCCUACUACUUCCAUUAUGCAUAUCUCUAGAAUGGCCAACAAAGCGGCCCAUAGACUAGCACAACUAUCUUUAACUCUGACCUCAGCAUCCACUUGGUCAUGGGAUAUGGGAAAAAAAAACUUUGAUGAGGGUUUGUGUACAAAGCUUUGA